UUAAUGUUUUGUCGCGCAGUGAUGACGUAGGCAGCACAGUUUUCCAUAAUGGCUAAAGCAGCAAGGAAACAACACAGAGGAGGGAGAACAUUCUCCGAAGAAGCACAGCACAUCUAGGAUUAACGGAGCACCCGAUGUACAUGAGAUACUUUUCCAGGUUAUAUUCAGCUAUGGCUGGACCCAGGCCUGUGGUAAUGAGCGGCCCGUCCGGGGCAGGGAAGAGCACGCUGCUGAAGAAGCUGAUGAAAGAAUACGCCAGCGUGUUUGGCUUCAGCGUCUCUCAUACAACAAGAAAUCCUCGACCUGGAGAAGUGAACGGGAAAGAUUAUCAUUAUGUGACACGAGAGUUGAUGCAGAAAGGGAUCGACGACGGCGAUUUCAUUGAAAACGCAGAAUUCUCCGGGAACAUGUAUGGGACGAGUAAAGCAGCUGUGCAGGACGUCCAGGCCAAAAACCUCAUCUGUAUACUUGACAUAGACAUGCAGGGUGUGAGGAACAUCAAAGUAACGGACCUCAAUCCUAUCUACAUCUCCAUCCAGCCUCCAUCCAUGCAAAUCCUGGAAAAGCGUUUAAGAGACAGAAAAACAGAGUCGGAGGAAAGCCUUCAGAAGCGAUUACAUGCAGCUAAUGUGGACAUGGAGAUUAGUAAAGAACCUGGACUCUUUGAUAUUGUUAUUAUCAAUGACAAUUUGGACGUAGCCUAUGGUCAGUUAAAACAGGCUCUUAUUGAGGAAAUCAGUAAGGUCAAGAAAGUCAGCAUGUCUUCUUAGGAGAGUGACGAGUCCUGACACACUUUUAGUCCCGUCCAGCCACUCCUCUCAAAACCACAGACCUCCUUUCAAGUUCAAGAACAUUCCCUCAGAUGGUCUUUGAAGCUCAGACAUCCCUUAGCGGAUUCAGAAAUAUGUAGAUUAGACAUGGUAUUUAGGAGUGGUUAUUCAUAACUGAUGUGUAAAAUGUGAAGUGGAACACUUCACAUUCCUAUUCUCAAUGGGAAGCAUUUUUCAUACUUGUGUUUCCAGUUGUCUGUGCUAGAUACUUCAAUAAUGCUUUGUUGUUACGUGACUGGCUUUGUAGAAAGUUUUGUUGUUUUUGUUUUGUUGGGCAGAGUUUACUCAGCGCCAACCCCAUUCCAUCAUGUGGAUAAACUUGUCUUUCAAGGGCAUGAAAGAGCGAAUUCUGAGUGACUUGGUUGGUGUAAGCUUUUUAUGCUACCUCUGUUUUGAGGUCUUUUUGUAAAACCCAUCAUAUUGUGUUGAUGAUGAAAAAGAGCAACAGAGAGUGAAACUCAAUGAUGACAGCCUGAGUUGAGGAGGGAAACUCCAGCACUAAAACUGAUUUCUAAAACAUGGUGGCUGUUUACUUUAAUGAAGUUCAAUAUAAGUCAAGUGUACUGAUGAAAUAAUAGACUAUUCCAGUAUCUUUUUACACACUUUUGUAAAAUACAGUUUGUUCUAGCUAACUCCAUUUAAGAUUGCCGUAGUUAAUGUUGUGCUUUAGAAAGAUUAGACAGAUAUAGAACAUGUUUGUUUAAAAAGGUGCACCAUAUCACUUGAAUAAAGCUUUUAAAAUAUAAUUUUAAUGUUUACUUUUUACAGUUGUACAUUUGUAAAACUUUUUUUUAAACUAUAUUAUUUGUAGCUUCACUUGUACAGUACAAUGACAGUGGACUAAAUGGACGAUUUUAACUGUUGAAGGAAAGCUAAAUGUUCUUUUUUUGAGUGUAUUAAAAAAAGAAAACACUUCUAUUUGAUUGAUCACAAAAAAAGUUACAACUCUGCUAAAGUUGCUGUUUAUUUUCCCCAACUAUAACUUUAACUUUAUAAAUUAAGUCAACACUGAUAACUUUUACUUUUAGACACCUUGCUAUAACCAUUCCUGUUAUAUAUUAUUAUAUUAUUUAAAUUGUCCACUUAACAGAAUAAAGUGUGCAAAUUUGUCUCCUUAUUUCGAUGCAUGCAGUCAUAUGGUUUGCCAUUUAACCAGCUCUUCCCAUCAUGUGCUUGUUGUGAAAUGUCAUUAUGUAUUCCUUUAAUAGGUAAAACCUCCAGCAGUGACACAGUGUCUGUUAAAACUACAAUAAAUAUGUUACAAUACUGGAA